GCUCUGCCCCGGUUCAGGGAGGGGUUAUAUUUACGUCCCGUCAAAACUAAGAACUCACACACUGCUCUGUGCGUUCGAGCCGAUUAAUCAAAGAACACGGAGUACCUGUCCGCGAUAUUAGUCUGUAUGAAGACCAGUCUAUCUGACGACACAUUCAAGUAAAGUUUGGACAUUUCUCAGACUUCAUUAGGUUAACCCAGCCAGUGAUGUCUUAGUCCCUUAGACAAUCAGACUUGCAACUAAAUCUGGGUCUAUUGUGACUGAGUGCAACCAGAAAACGCAUGUGAAAACACAGUCCCACUUUUUUUAGCUGAGUUGCUCAAACUCUGAAAACAUUCCAAAAAUCUGCCGGGUCAUUAAACUUUUUUUCAUUCAGUUGCUGACUUCAGCAUUAUGAAUGUAUCACAAUGUCAGCUGGUGAGUCCAGACUGGCUCCUCUCUCAUCAACCCAUGAUCUCAAACUUGCAUGCUCUCAGUGCUCAGUCAAGAAGAAUGAAAUUACAUAUACAUUAAAAUCAGUCCAGCACAAGUGUGCACAUGACCUCCUGCUGUGCAAAGCCAGAGGUGGCAGCAAAUGGAGGCCUGUUAGUAGACGGCCCCCAUUUCCAAACCCCAGUCAGUAUGUGGUAUGCCGCUUCUUUGUGGAGGGUUUUGGUUGCACAAACCACAAGAACCGGUGCACCUUUGCAAGAAGUGAUGAGGAAGCUGCAGUGUGGAACUUUGUAAAGCGUCACGGAUUAGACCACAUGUUUCUCUGUAAUCUUUUAUUUCAGUCUGAGAGAGCAUCUGAUCAGCCUGAUAACUCUCAACCUCUGGGCGACCUCUUGGCAGCACUAGAUUUGAAGGUUGUCUGUGAUCUGUGCUCUGUCAAGGACAAAGAAAUUACAUACACAGUUAAGUCAGUUUGUCACAAGUGCAGAAGAAAUCUGCUUUUAGUCAAAGCCAAAGCCUCUGAGCAGUGGAGGCCUGUCUCUGAGCGGCCUAUAUCUGGAAACUUUGGUCGAAAUGUCCUUUACCAAGUGUGCAACUUCUUUGUUGAGGGUUCUGGGUGUACAACCCAUGGACAGGGUUGCACUUAUGCCAGAAGCUACGAGGAGGCCAUUGUAUGGAACUAUUUAAGAGACAAAAAAAUAGAUAAAGACAAGUUAAUCACACUUGUAAUGGAGUCUGAACCCAUUUUGUCAACACCAGAAAGAGCAGCUGAAAGCAUUCUGCAGCAGUUUUCAGGUGAAUUCAUUGAGUUGUGUAAAGCCUGCUUUCAUGGUCGUCCAUCAAAACUAACAACCAAAAGGUGGAAUGCAACUUGCUCAGCAGAUGAAGCACACAACUGGGACCCAGUCUUAGUUUAUCACCUAUCAGAGAAGAAUACAAAGGACAUCUACAGCCAAGUGCGUCCUCUUCCAGUUAACUGUCAGUUUAAGUACUGCACUUAUGUCAGCCAAGGCAAGCCGUGCUGGCAUGAGGCCGGCAAGUGCCAGUCCGCCCAAAGUGAGGUGGAGAUGGUGGUCUGGAAAGCGGAGCACAGUGGGCUCUCUGUCCGGCCUCAUCUCCUUCAGUUGAGCCAGCGGGAGCAGUCACAACCCAGACAAGUCACCAUAUACUGCAAAGUUUGCGUCCUGACCCUGUCCUCCCCAGAGAGCUUCUAUAAGCACUGCUCAUCUUUGGAUCACGCCCGUUUGCUGUCUGAGGACACCACCACCAAGUGGAAAGGACGGCAGCCUCCACACAACUGCCGAGCUAAGUUUUGGCUAUGUGAGAGACCACAAACUUGUGAGUACGGCAUCAACUGCCAAAAAGCUCAUUCUGUGGCAGAACUGCAGGAGUGGAUGAUGCGUGCUGAAGAAGAGAAGCAGAUCAGGCAUAACAUUGAAGCCCAGGGUCUGAUGUCCUACAAUGAAAGGCUCUUGGAGGAAUACAAAGCCAGCAGCAACGAAGUGAACAUUGUAUCUGAACAAGUUGAUGAUGUCAGCAUUUCUUGUGAUGGGGAUUUAACUGUGAAGUGUGAACAGACAGAAGCAACAGUAAAAUGGAACUUCCAAAUUGAAACAGAGAGACGACUUAUGCACGUGGCACUGCUGAAACAAGAACCAGGAGCUUUGUUCACCCUUGGCGACAUCAGUUCUGUGCCCUGCAUCUACUCCUCAGGUGAACACUUCAUUAGUGAAGAUGUGAUCUAUGACAUCACUGUGUCCUUCACAUCUGCCAACCCAGGCUUGUAUGAACAGUGGUUAGUGCUAGAUUUUGGCAUGAGACCAGUGCUCUUGAAGAAACUAAGAGUAAGAGUAGGCCAAAAGGAUGGAUUACUGGAUGACACUGAACAACUACCUGUGAACCAUGGAGCCACCUAUCAAAGUGUUGAGCGCUGGCAUCGAGGGAACAGGGUUAUUAUCCCAUGUUUGACCAGGACAGAAGAACAGGAAGAGCUGUUAAAGCAGUACAAGCCUCCUCAGAUUAGCUUACUGUAUAAGUCCUCGCACAACAGCCCAGCACCUCUGAACAAUGAGAACUACAAAGAGAGAAUGCAUCAUUUCCUGUACAAUGAGGAAUGCGCAGAGGACCAGGUUGUUUCAAGACUAAAUGUUUGUGGAGAAAUUACAACACUGGAUACCUUGCCCAGUACACAGUUUGGCACGAUGAUUGCUCCUCCGGGAGAACUAUUCUGUGCUGUCUCAGUUCCUUGUAAACUCACACCAGACACCCCUGAGGGACUGGUACUAAAACGAAGCAUCCAGUCUGGCCUUAUAGCCCCGUUAUCUUCAACUGGUCAAAACUCCAAGGUCUAUGAAGCCAUCAUUUUGCAGUACAGAACAAGUGAGAACAAAAUGUAUUUGCAACUGUCUAAAAAAUGUUGCUCUGAUCUUAAACUCAAAAGCAAUGAAACAUACCGAAUGGAGGUGCAGUUUCAGCUGAACCGCCACAGCUUCUGCACCAUGCACAAGGCCGUAGAUCUCCUUCCUGAUACAAACAGAGUGCUACCAGACCUUAAAAACAGUGGAGUUCCUGUGAAUAACAUCCGCUAUGAGAACCUGAAUGCAAAGCAACAGUCAGCAGUUGACUUCAUUAUGGGAAACUCCAAUGUCCAAAAAUUUGUGGCACCACUUCUCAUUUAUGGACCAUUUGGAACUGGGAAAACAUUCACCCUUGCUACAGCAGCCAGAGAGCUUUCUAAGCAGCCUCACAACAAAGUGCUAAUCUGCACCCACACCAACAGUUCUGCAGAUCUGUACAUCAGAGAACAUUUCCAUCCAUUCAUCGACAAGAAAAAUGAUGGAAUAAGGCCAAUUCGAAUAAAAGCAAACAAACAAGGGAGCGCUUUGCUGGCCACAGAUCCGAUUACUUUGAAAUACUGUUUACUUUCAAAAGAUGGACAGCAUUUUCUACCACCUACAAAAGCAGCCCUAGAUUGCCACACAGUUGUCAUAACUACCACAACAAUGGCGAGACAUUUUCAGGACCUAAAGCUCCCAGAGGGAUACUUCACCCACAUUCUAAUAGACGAAGCCUCUCAGAUGCUAGAAUGUGAAGCCUUGAUGGCCCUUGGUUUUGCUGGGCCAAACACCAGAGUUGUUUUAGCUGGAGAUCACAUGCAAAUGGGACCUAAGCUGUUCUCAGUGGACGAUCAUCACCGUUCAAAUCACACACUUCUUAAUCGCUUGUUUCACUACUAUCAAGGCCAAAAGUGUGAUGCUGCCCAGAAGAGCAGAAUCAUUUUCAGUGAAAACUACCGCUCAACCAAAGAAAUUGUGGAGUUUGUAUCCACCCAUUUUUACAUUGGAAAUAAUGAUGUUAUCAAAGCUACUGGAAAUGUUCCAGCACCUGCCAAUGGUCAUGCCCUAAAGCUUAAUCAUGUUAGGGGAGAGUGUCUUUUGGACACAGUGUCUAUGUCUUGGUAUAACAAAGAAGAGGUUGCCAAAGUGGUUGAAGCAGUGAAAGAAGUUCUCAAUCACUGGCCAUUGACCUGGGGGUCCAAGGACCAAACCUCAAUCUGCGUUCUAUCAGAGGGCUGUCAGGUUCAGAAGAUUAGGACAGCACUUUCGAGAAAAGGCCUUGCUAAAGUCCAUGUUGAGAAUCUAGCAAAUGUGCAAGGAAAACAGUUCAGGGCAGUCAUAAUGACGGCUGUACAAACACGUGACAGUCUAAAAGCAUCUCACGUCACUGGUCUGGAGCUGUUCAAUGAUGCCUGUGUGUUAAACACUGCGAUGACGAGGGCUCAGUCCCAGGUGGUUGUGGUUGGAGAUGCUGCUGCUCUCUGUUGCUUUGGUAAAUGCUCAGGAAUCUGGAAGAACUACAUAGACCACUGCAUCAGCAAUAACAGCACUGCACCACAGCAUUUCACCAAAGAUUUCUUUGAAAAAGAUGUUAUGGAAACUAUGAGGUUUCAGAAACCUGAACAUGUGGAUGAGAGCAACACUCUCAGUGAUGCAAUUCUUCAAGAGUUGAAAGAUGAAUAUGAGCAGCUCCAAACAGAAUAUAAUUCCAGUAACUACAGUCAGGAACUUGAAGGCUUCGCUCACAAGUCAAGACCAUCAGACAAAAUCACUGAUGAUAACAAAGACCUUUUGGAGUUACGUGAAAAACAACCAGAGAUGUACAAGCAAGGAAAAUUGGUCAGGGAGUCAUAUAACAGAGGGUACGUCAUACCCUUUGAUAAUCCCGCCAGACGUAUAAGCAUCAAGGGAAGGGCAAACCUGGGUAAGACCUUUACUGGAGAUGAAGUGGUCUUACAAACAGCAAAGGUUGUCGGCAUCACCAGGGAAGCUGAAUCAGCCCGUGUACUUGUGUGUCUGCUUGAGGAUGAGGAUCACAGCAAACCAAAACCAAUUUCUGAAGACAAUUUUGUCAGAAGGAUGAUGAUACCCAUUACAAAAUCUGAACCCAAAGUACGCAUACUGAUCAGCAAGAAAAAACGUAACUUCAUUCCAAUAUGGGAGCAAAUAGAUGGACAGUGGAUGAUUGCCACAUAUGAACAUCUUAAUGAGAAGCUGAAGCAUAACAGUGUAUUUAUAGUGCAAGUUAUUGGAUGGAAAGAAAAUUGUUCCUUUCCAUUAGGGAAAAUCAUAGAUAUUCUUCCAGUUGGAAGAUCGCUGGGUGAUGGACUAAGGAUCCUAAAUGAAGAAUUCAGAGUUACACCCAAUAUGGAUAAAUCAGAUGAGGGAAUCUCAUGGGCAGAUGAAGAUGUGACACAGAGGCAGGAUAUACGUGAUGUAAUCACUUUCACUGUUGAUCCAAAAGGAGCAGAAGACUUAGAUGACGCCAUCAGUGUCAGGGACAUUGGAGACGAAUUUGAGCUGGGAGUCCAUAUUGCAGAUGUGGCAAGCUUUGUGAAUCCAGGUGGUAAACUAGAUGAGGACGCAAAACAACGAGGGGUUACGUAUUACUGCAGCAGGGGAAAACCCAUUCAUAUGUUCCCCAAACACUUGAGCACUGGAUGCCUCAGUCUUCUGUUGGGUCAAGAUCGCAGGGUAGUUUCUCUAAUGUUCAAAGUAAACAAGCAAACAAAUGAGAUUGUUGAAAAGCCCAAAUUCCAGCUGUCACUAAUCAGGUCUGAUAAGCAGUUGACUUAUGAAGACGCAGAGAAAAUGAUCUCCCAGAGAUGUGGACAGAGACCUACAUUUGACACAGUUGAAGACUGUGUCGCAGUAGCUUACUGUUUCGCAAAAGCUCAAAGAAAGAUCAGACUUGUGGAUUGGGCUUAUUCUCAAACUGAUGCUGAGAGGUUGCCUGGAAAGCGCAAAGCCCAUCUGAUGAUUGAAGAGCUGAGUGUGUUAUUCAACACACUUGCAUCUGAGACCUUGAUUGGUUCAGAAAAAACCAUGUAUCGCACACCUCUUCGCUGUCAGGAAAAACCAAGUCCUGAAAAGGUGGAAGAAUUCAAGAAACAAUGCGGAGCAUUCAUACCUCUGUCUUUUCAUGUGGGGCUUAAAGUUGAACAUGAUGAUCAAGCCCCAAACUGUGAAAACUUCCGCAUCCUCACAGAGGUAUGGAAAGAUAUCCAGUCAGCUGCCAGAACCAAUGAUAUAGACAAAAUGGUCGACCUGAUUGCAGCAGAUGACAUCCACCCUCAGCUCCAGCCAGUCGCUGAUCAGUUCAGAAGGUGCUCUAGUAAAGCUUAUGUCAUCCGUUCCAAGUCCUCUCCCAAAGCAGAGGUUGGGCAUUAUUCUCUGAAUGUAGAAUCUUACACACAAGCAUCCUCACCGAUUCGGCGGUACAUGGAUAUUGUCUUGCAGAGACUUUUGCACGCUGUCAUAUGUCACAGGGGUGUACAGUACACUCAAUCACAGAUUACAGCUUUGUGUAAUCAAUUUGAGGACAACUUCAGGGAUGCCAAGGAAUAUGAACAAAAGGCUGAGCAGAUCUCCUAUGCAGUGAGCAUGACAAAACAAAGUGCUUCAAAGCUAGCCUUUGUUGUUAGUGCUGAUCCUGACAGAGAAAGUUUUGCAGUGUCAUUUCCUUUUAACAAGAACAUAUUAGCAGGGAAUUCAUCAAUCAUGUACAAAGAUUUACAAUUAGAGGACCAACCAUUUUAUGAUGAGAAAAAUCACUGCAUCACUCUCAAAUGGAAAAGGCGGAUAUAUGCUGCUGACACCAUGCAAAUUCACCAAGAGUUGAAAAUGAUGUCGGACUGUGGUCCCUGUAUUGAGCUUCCACUGACAUUAUGGAAAGCCACCAUUGAAGCAAUUCAUGAAGAAAAAUGGGAUCAUGCAAUAUCUCUCAUAAUGAACGCUAAGGCAAAGCACCUGGAAAAACAAAAUGUUCCGCCACAAUCACCUGAGGUGGAUCAUUCUGAGACUAACACAAGUACCUCUGAGCAGGUCACAGAGGUACAAAGGGAGCAUGAAGUUGACAUCAGCAUCCAGUUGCAGCCAGGUGACACACUUCAGAUCCAAAUGACAUCAGAGAUAAAAAGAGGUUAUUGCAUACCUGCGGUUCAGUUGGUGCACAUCAAACCAAGGUUUGAGAUUUGUGUGGAACAUGUCCACAGCCCUAUAACAUGCUUCUCCAGAUCUGCAGAUGAUCCAUCAAGGGUUCAUUAUAGGGACACCAAGGAGUAUAUACAGAUCUGGAAACCACUGUGUGAGAUGGAAUCUGCUGCCACUGCAGUGGAUGAAAGUGACAGCAUAGUCAUUGAGAACCUGGUGGUAAACUUCAGUCAAGAGCGAGAAGGCACACUAGCAGGAAGCUUCUUCUUACCUCAGAAAUGGAUCGAUGAAUGGGCCAUUGAAUGCAACCUUUCAAAGUGCUUACUGUGCAUAAGAAAAAGAGGUCUGAAGCUAACUUCAUCUCUGGAACAUAACACACUGGUGGAUCCCAGAGAGUUCACAUGGGUAGCCCAUGGUGUCACAAACAAAGUAGAAGAACAGAAAAACUCAAACAAAGGAAGUAACGUGGAGUUCUAUGUCAGUCACCUGCCGAUGGAAACCAUUCCUGAUUGUGUCUAUCAGAAAAACACACACUUCACUGUUGAAAUAAUCCCAAAGCUCCUGCCUGACAUCCGGAAAGAAAAUGCUGUGGUCAGCAUUACCUCUGCAUGUGAUCUUGUCAAGAGUAUAGCACUUGGACAACGCAUUCCAAAAGAAGUGAAAGCAACCUGGAACAUCGUGAGGAAAGACCUAACACACGCUCUGCCAGUCCUUAACCUGAGUCAGCGUCAUGCUGUGGAUAAAGCUCUUAAUGAUACCUUCACACUAAUACAGGGCCCACCUGGAACUGGAAAGACAGUAGUAGGUGUGUACAUAGUCUACUGUCUGUUUGAGCUGAACUCCAAGAACCGAAGGAAAUGUGAUGAUCCAAAGGAUGAGAACAAGAAGCAAGUUAUUCUCUACUGUGGCCCGUCCAACAAGUCUGUUGAUGUUGUUGCAGAGUACCUGCUGAGGUUUGGGGACAGCCUGAAACCCCUCAGGGUCUACAGCCAACAGGUGGAGAUGCUUGAUUACCCUUAUCCAGACUGCACCCUUCAGUUUUCCCGGAGGACGCUCCGCCAAGAUCGUUCCAAACCAGAACUCAGGAGCAUCACUCUGCAUCACCGCAUGCGAAUGAGCCAAAAUCCUCAUUCAAGUCAAAUAAAAGAUUUUGACAAACGCAUUCAGCUUGCCCUUGAGAAAAAAGGAGAAGAGCUGACUGCUCAGGAGGUGAAAGACUACAAAAAACUUCUCAGAGAUGCUCGGACAUAUGAGCUUCAACGGCAUGACAUCAUAUUGUGCACAUGCACACAGUCUUCCACUCCAAGCUUGACUAAGACUGUCAGUGCACGUCAGAUCCUCAUUGAUGAAUGUGGAAUGGCCACUGAACCCCAGGCCCUGAUUCCAUUAGUCUGCAACAAACCAGAAAAGAUUAUUUUGAUCGGUGACCACAAACAGUUACGGCCCAUUGUGAAGAAUGAGCGUGUGAGGAGGCUGGGGAUGGCAAAGUCUCUGUUUGAACGGUACUAUACAAUCCAUGAGAACAGAGCAGUGAUGCUGGACACCCAGUACAGAAUGCAUGAGGACAUAUGUAAGUUCCCAUCCAAAGAAUAUUAUGAGGGAAAGCUGAAAACUGGGGUGGAGCAGCCGAGCAGUGUCCUGCAUAUUGAUGAGAAGACAAUGCCAGUCGUUUUUGGGAAUGUCAAAGGAAAGACCAUCAGUCUGGUUGUCAGUACAGCCAAGGGCAACGAGAACUCCAAAGCAAACCAGGAAGAGAGAAACAAAGUGAUUGGCAUUGCUGAGAAGCUGGUGAAGACUGCCAGAGUCGAACAGCAAAGUAUUGUGAUUCUGUCACCUUAUAAUGCCCAAGUAUCAGAAAUAAAACAGAAGCUGAAGGAGAAGAAAAUGGAGAAAAUCACUGUUACCACAAUCACUAAAAGCCAAGGAAGUGAGUGGCGUUAUGUCAUCAUAUCUACAGUGUGCUCUUUGCCAAGUGAAGAGAUUGAAAGUGAACCAGACAGAGCAUGGCUGUCCAAACAUCUGGGCUUUGUGGGUGAUCCCAACCAGAUAAAUGUAGGCAUCACCCGGGCCAAGGAGGGACUGUGCAUCAUUGGGGACCAAGAGUUGCUGAAGUGCAGUAAAGCUUGGAAAAAGCUGCUGGACCACUACAGGCUUCACCAAGCAGUGACAGAAGCAGAAAAGAUUUCAGUUCAUCGUGCCAGAUAGAUGAUCUUUUAUCUAUCCUUUUCUGAAGACUUAAUUUCUACAAGCAGCAGAUAAGAGCUGCCAGACUUCUGAAAUAUGUCUACAUGUUUUUGUUUUUUCUAUGAUGUCACUGUAACUGUAUGUGUUUUCUAGUUUUAUAUUUUGGAUUUAUAUUUUUGAUAUUGUACUUUAGACAGCUGUUAUGGUUGUGCUGUGAUUUACUUACCUUUGUCUUUAACAUGUACAGAUAUACAUCUGUAAAUAGGAAAUCCUACCACUUUUUAUAUAUACUAUAUAUAAAGCUAUAUACUUUUUAUUGUUUUGUGGUUUUAAAAAUGUUCAGCUCUUGUUGGGAUUCUUUAGUUUAUGCUCAGGUUUAGUUAACAUGUACAGAAUGACCACUGUAUGAAGUUGCCUUUAGUGGCAUUUUUCCUGUUUACUGAUGUGUAGGAGCCAUGAAUGUAUUAUGUAUAUUUUCUAUUAGUAGUAAGGUUAAGGGAUAUUGUUUGCUUGUUUGUUUUUUGUUUAUUAGGAUAUUGUUUAUGGGAUCCUGUUGAUUGGGGGAUAGCGGGCCACAUGGUUAUGGGCGUGUAUAUUAGUUGAUAUCACCUGUGGGUUUUUUUUGUUUGAGAGAGAGAGCGGGUGGGAUGCCAUACUUUUAGUUGACCGAUAAUUUUCUUUGAUCACUGAGAUUAUUUUUAGUUAUAUUUUAGAGCACGUUAUCAUGAGUUGAUAAUCUUUUGUUUGUUAAUAAACUGUUAAAUUUAGGUUUGAAGUCUCAGUGGAUUUUUUGUAGCACGUCAGACAAUAUGGCCCAUCCUUCUGUCUCUCAGCAACUCUUAGGACUGCAAAGUCGCUACAUGAUGAAUGAAUCAUUGUUUUCACUGCAGCUGCUGGCCUCAACACAUAAACUGUCUUACCAAUCAGUGAGCCCAGUGACUGGAUUUUUAUGUUUACCUUAUGUUUAACUAAGUCAUAAUAUGUUUUUGAUUUCUUUUAAUCAGGGGUUGAAUGACAGUAUAGCUGUAUACUACUGACGAUAAGUGAACUUCCCAGCUGCCUCAUAACUUUGUAUUGUGUGAUAUUUUCAUUGUGACACUUUUCUACAUUAAGUGAUUUUAGUAAACUUUCAAUUCAGUUCAAUUCAGUUUUAUUUAUAUAGUGCAUUCGACAAUCAAAAUUGUGAAAUUAAAUGUGUGUACCAAUGUGAAGAAAUAUUAAAAUGGAUGUAUUUAUGGUUUUAA